AUGUCGUCGGUCGAACCACCCCUCUGGGAACAACGCGCUGCCCAGAAGCGGGCUUCCCGAGACGCUGAAAUUCGCAAAUGGCAGCCCGGGCCAGUCCCUGAUCUGAAGCCCGAUGACACAUACGUGAAAGAUGUUCCUCUUCGCUGCGGUCUCCUGACCAAGGAGCAACUGCGGAUCACAGAGUCAACUCCCAGUCAACUGCUGUCCAACCUCUCGAGUAGCCACUGGUCCGCCGAAGCUGUCCUUCGAGCCUUCAUCGCCCGAGUAACAAUUGCCCACUACCUCACCAACCCCCUGAGUGAGAUCUUUUUCGAACGCGCGGUGGCCCGGGCUCGGAAUCUGGAUGAGUUCUUGAAGACUACUGGAAGGACCGUCGGCCCUCUCCACGGCCUCCCAAUCAGUUUGAAAGAUGUGAUGAACGUCGCAGGACAAGAAACAACACUGGGGUUUGUAGCCACAAUUGGUCAGAUCCCUGACUACGAAGACCGACUAGUCACAAAGCUUCACGAGGCUGGCGCCGUGUUUUAUUGCAAAACCAAUGUCCCCCAGACAUUGAUGUCAGGCGAGUGUGUGAACUUCGUGUUUGGUCGCACAUCGACCCCUUACAACACAGGACUAACCGCUGGUGGUUCAAGUGGUGGUGAAGGAUCGCUGAUCGCUCUAGGGGGCAGUCCCCUAGGCAUCGGUAGCGACAUUGCAGGAUCAAUACGCACUCCGGCCAACUUCAAUGGGAUUUACGGGCUUUGCCCUUCUCCAAAUCGCUUUCCCGAACAUUCGGCCGAGAACUCAGAUGGCAAUAUGAUAAUCCAAGGUGUAGCAGGCCCCAUGUCUCGCAGCGUCGACGGAUUGGAAGUUUACACGCGAACGCUGUUAGGUCUGCGCCCGUGGGAGUGGGACUUCAGCAGCGCUCGCAUUCCAUGGAGGGAGGCUGAAUACCAGGAGGGACUGGGAAAGACGCACCCACUUUGCUAUGCAUUUAUGCCGCACGAUUCAGUCGUGCUUCCUAACCCUCCCAUUCUACGGGGCAUGAGAGAGAUGAAGGAGGCUCUUAUACGCGCGGGCCAUCAAGUCAUUGAUAUCGACCCCUGGGAUGGGCGGGAGCUUAUGAAAGCUGCAUUUCCCAUUUUCUUUGCAACCGGCGGCGAGGAAGUCCGGAAGAUACUCAGCGUGUUGGAUGAGCCUCUCAUUGCAGAGAUUACUCCUCUCGAAGCAAUGACCACCCUGUCUGUAGCACAAUAUAAAUCUGCCGCAGUCAAGAUAAAGUUGCUUCGUCAGAAGUAUAUAGAUAUUUGGCAGGCCACUGCAUCGAAGACCGCCACGGGCCUGCCGGUCGAUGCCAUCAUUCUUCCCUCCGGCGGUACAGUGGCUCCUCCUCAUGGAAAGAUGGAGUAUUUCACCUACGAGGCCAUCUCUAAUGUACUUGAAUGGACCUGUGCCACUGUGCCCGUUACCCAAGUAGACCCUGUCUUGGAUGCCAAACCACAGAGCCCUUUCGAGCCCAUGUCAGACUAUGACCAACGGAAUUGGGAUACAUACGCUCCAGAGACGUACAAAGAUGGACCGGUGUGCUUGCAGGUUAUGGGCAGGAGGUUCGAGGAGGAGAAAGUGCUGGGACUACUACGCACGAUUGACAAGGCCUUAGGAAGAGAUGAGUUUUACAUGUCAUGA